GAAGUCCGAUAGUGAGGAUUCGAAUAUUAGGAGGUCGGGAGCUCGGUUAGAAGUGGAAGGCGGCGACGGCGCACUGUCGUCGCCUUUAAAGGGCGCGGCCUUGCGCCACGAGCAUCAGUCUUCGCUGCUCCUCGUGACCCUCCGACAUGGAGGUCACAGAAGGAGGCACGAGCAGGUUCACGUUCGAUUUUCCGCAAUUCAUCGUCGAGAAAAUUCUCGCGCGGCUCCCAUUCCCACAAAUUCUGGAGGUUCGCCGCUUGUCCAAACAAUGGUGUUCGAUGUUUGCCGACCGACGACAAGUCGUUCACGUGUCACGCAAACUGAAGGUAGAUCCUCAAGUUCUUCGCGACUCCUCUUUCUUCCAGAGCGAGAUUGCUUCCGUUUCUUCGACAUGGCCCACGUAUUUCCCAUGUGAGGCGACGACUUUUGGGUUCAUCGGUUUCGAACUAAGCUCCAAUCGCUGGAAAGAAUUUGCUUUACAUCCUUGGUUACCUUCCGAUAGGGAUGCAACAGGAGUAUUGAGACUGAGAGUAUUGGAAGGCCCUCUACUCUGCAGAGUGUGGACAUGCGGCUCUUCAGAACGGAUAUCGGCCUCUGACUUCACCCUGAAGGUGCAAAUAGCGAAUGUCGUGACAGGCAGUUGGCUGGACGUAACGAGUCCAGAGCAAAUUCCUUUCGACCACGGAAGACUGCCAUGUGCUGUUCAUCUUAUCAGAGGCGGGUGUCCUAAUUACAAGAUACUCUUGUUGUAUAAUUGCUGCAAGAUGGGGGUGCGUCUGGUUUGCACCAUUCAACUUUAUGCAUCCGAGUUGCGGUCGUGGCAGCUAUUUCGUCAAGAAACGAAUAUGCCCCAAAAGUACUCGGAAUCUUCAUCGCCCAGCACAUUUUCUCUAGAACAUUCAGCCAUUCACAACAAAUGUCUUUAUGGCUUGUUUUCGGAAAACCACACAGGGAAAUUUACUCUAGUAAGAUUUUGCAUAGGCACCCAAUCGUGGACAUUGAGACACUUUUCAUUCGGGAAUAUUGAGAGGAACGGAAAUGCACUACUACAUUUUUCACCUUCAUCGUUGGGUUUGAUGGUACCUGGAUUUUCAUGUUAUCCCCUCGGUUACGACAUCCGAAGCAUAGAUAUCAAUAUAGACACAUUGGAGGGAAAUUCUGGAAAUACAGACGUGUCAGAGGUACAUUCGUGUAGAAAUCCAGUUUCUGUGGAAGUUUUGCAGGGCUUUGUUCAUCAAAAUUUUGCAUAUCACUACGGGUACGACGUGACACUUGAACAAUACACGUUUUGGGUCUACGACAUCCAGGAGAAUACAUGGAAUAUAUUACCAUGUGCAACCACUAGCCGUCACGGAACUUGGGACUGGAUCUCAUCCGCUUUUGCUCCUGGAUUAGACCCCUUCGCUGCAGUUUGAAAGAUCUUUCUGAAUCAUACCAUCUUGUCACCAGAAUCAAUUUUUAAUGGAAGCUUGGCAGCGAAUCUUGUUCCUGAUGUAACUCAUGCUGUAGUUUUGAAUCACUUUUUAUACAGCUUUUGACCUGACUGGGUACUAGUUUGUCCAGAUGGAUAUCCUGGAUACCAUUUUGCGAAAUUUCAAACGUAAAUCCCAGUGAAAGAUUGCGUUGCGGUGAUCCAGUGAAGUUUAUGUAUGUUCUUUGUUUUUUAACUGCACUACGAAUCUGACUUUGAUUGAAGUGUGAAGGACUGUCCUACUUUGGCGGGUUGAGUGACUCGAGUCUAUCGAACGAUGACAAUUCAGGAGCAAGGAAAGAGAUCUGGACUCCAUACAAUUGUCUGCGGGCUUAAACAAAUGAUUCUGCCUUCAAAGGUUGAACGGGAUGAGGCUAUGGAGGACCGCAGUAGUCAGAUUAGAAACGGGAUAAAAUGUCUUCAGGAUGAAUUUUCCAUUGCCGAUGAUCCACCAAUCAUGAGUGAGAAUGUUCGAUGACAUGAACGCUCGGAGGUAAUUGAGCUUCGGAGGAACAGAGUGUUACUGAAAACUGAUUGCUUGUGUGACAUGUUGAAGAAUAGAUGGAGCUCAGACUGUGAUUUGUAAGCUGGAAGCAAUUGGUCGGCGACUCAAUGUUUCAGUGCUCCCUAGCGGGUUAAGAAGAGUCGAUAUCACAAGUUUCUUCUGCUGUUUCAGAAUGGAUAACUUUUCGUUCAGAUUAUUCUUGAGGUACAUACCCGAAGUACAAGAGAUGCAAGUCACAAACACAAUCUCCAGUUUCUUCCAGCAAUGAAACUUCUUCGUAGGACAUGAAAUUUUUGUUUAUACGUCAAGGGUUUCAUUUCAUGCAUCCGCCAGUGAAAAAUACUUCAUCAAGAGACGAAACUUUUAUCCCCAUAAUUUCUUAGGCCGU